AUGCGACUGUUCCUUUCUGCGGGGAUAGUUCGUCGCGUGCGUAUCAUUUUACUCCGAGCCACACAUCUCCCUUUCGUCUUGAUGAUCUGGGUUUAUGAGUCAAGUCGGCCACAUUCCCGGCAUUUAACCUCUCGCUCCCCUUCACUUAUGACAGGAGGACGGCAAAGUAACUCUGCUAGUUCAGCGGGUGCUCCGAGAUGUCAGGAUCCACUGCAUCCUUCCGUAGUCGAGACAAAUCGUCGGAGCGCUGUUCAUGACCAAAAUAAUGUGGAUCGACAUGAUGCGCAUGAACCAAACUUAGUGCGGCCUGGACAAGCACAACUCACGGAUGUGAUCGACGCUGUGGAACGGCUCCGAGUACAAGUGGAGCGCGUAACCAUGGCACUUACGGCACAGGAACGAGGCAAAUAA